AUGUCAGAAGAUCCUUCAGACUUCGACAAUAAGUUCUACAAGCAAAAACGAGGCCUUGCCAUGGGUAACCGCAUAGCACCUGUGUUAGCAGUCAUCUUCUUGGACCACAUCGAAAAGUCAUCAUUAACUAGUGGAAUUUUGUUCUACAAACGUUAUAUUGAUGACGUAUUCAUUAUCGGAACAACGGAAGAAGACCUUGUGGAAACAUUGGAGAGACUGAACUCUCACGAUGCUAACAUAACCUUCACCAGGGAAGAUCCGGGGAGGGAUGGAUUCCUUCCAUUCCUCAAUGCGAAAACACGAAUAAGUGAAGGUCAUAAGGAACACCUAUGGUAUAGAAAAAGUGCCUCGUCGAACAUCUUGUUGCAUUCUAGAAGCGCACAUCCUGCUUAUAUGAAGGCAAACGUCGUGCGGAAUCUUUUGAAAACGAAGGAGAAGCUUGGGACGCGAAAGGAUUCAGUUGUCGAUGCCAAAAUUGAAAGUAUCCUUGAAAGCAAUGGAUACUUCGAGGGCAAUACGAGGACAUGGGUCCCGCACAGGACGGCUGAUGGUGUUAGCCUCAUUGUACCUUUUGUCAACGACAAAUUGGCACGUGAGGAAACUCAACGUCUGGCCAACUUACUGCCUAUGAAUUUGCCUCACGUCACAGUCCGCGCUGUACGAAUUGGCAAAUACGAUCUACCGGCAGGGACAGGAGUUGUUCCGCAGAUUAGUAAUGUGCUCUACGACAAACAUUUACAGGUGUUUCCGGCUCCACAUAGCUUCAAUCCUUCAAGAUUUAUUGAUGAAAAUGGCAAGUUGAAGAAGGUGGAGGAAUUGAUACCGUUCUCUAUUGGAAAACGACAAUGUCUGGGAGAAGGGCUGGCAAAAAUGGAACUCUUUUUGUUCAUUGCGAAUCUCUUCAAUCGCUUUGAGGUAAAAACCCUAGUUCAGAAGACUCACUUGAAUCUACGUUCUAUUUUAAGCUUUCAUGCGAGAAUCCCAGCGAACCACCCUCGAUGA